AUCAAAAAAGUUGUUAGAACGACAGGAGUAGUCACCGAGUGUGUGUGCUCUCCCUCCGCCCACAGCGAUGGUCUAUGUCGGGCCGAGCACUGGAUGUUAUCUGUGCCGAAAGCGAAAGAUCAAAGUACUAAAGAUGCUUUCUCCCCCUGUUCUUUUAAGAUAUGAAGAUGGGCUUAUUAUUCUUACUGUUGUUACUCUAGUGUUCCGAAGAGAAGCCCGGCUGCAGGAACUGCAAGAUCUACGGGGCUGAUUGUCCGGGAUACCGGCCAGUGUCGAAGAAUGCGACGCUAAAAGCACGAAAACCGCCACUCA